UGACCCUGAUUUAGCCCACUGCAGUAAAUUAACCAAAUGGUAGUGCCCCAGGUUAGUUCAUUGCGUUCGCGCUCUCCUCUUCAGGGUGCGCGACCGUUUAUCUCCAAGGAGAUACGUUCGAGUUCGCUUAACUGUGUCAUCUGAGCAAAAAGGAAAAAGAGCUAGUUCUGCAACAAUCACUAAAAGUAGCCUAAUAAAACAUGGAUGAAUAUCUUUUAAGUUUGGAAACAAAUGUGACUUGUAACAAACCAGAAGUAGUUCUCACUAUUUUACACUUCAAUGAUGUGUACGAAAUAGAAGCAAGACCAGAAGAACCCGUUGGCGGUGCUGCAAGGUUUGCCACUGCUCUAAAAGUAUUCCAGUCGCUGAAUCCUUUAGUAGUUUUCAGUGGUGACUGUUUGAGCCCUUCUUUGCUAAGCACAGUCACCAAGGGAAAGCACAUGGUAGAUGUUCUAAAUAAAUUAGGAGUCCAUUGUGCGGUGUAUGGAAAUCAUGAGUUUGAUUUCGGUGUGGACUACUUGGAAGAGCAGACAAAAAAUAUGACCUUCCCUUGGUUCCUCAGCAAUGUGUACGACAGGUUCACCCAUGAAACGCUGGGCCAUGGCAUGGUCAGCAGCAUCCUGGAGUGGAACAGCCUAAAGAUCGGUGUCAUGGGCCUGGUAGAGGAGGACUGGCUGGAUACCCUGGGCACUGUGGACAAGAACAACAUCCACUACACAGACUAUGUGGAGACAGCUGAUCACCUUUCUGCUGAGCUGAGGGACAAAGGGGCUGACCUGGUCAUCGCAGUCACACACAUGAGGUGGCGUAAUGACAUCAGGCUAGCAUCCGAGUCCAACGGUGUGGAUCUCAUCCUGGGAGGACAUGACCAUGAGUACGGGGUUCUGGAGGUCAAUGGGAUUCUGAUCGUAAAGAGUGGCUCAGAGUUCAGGUACCUGUCAAAGAUUGACGUUGUGAAGGACCAGGAUGGGACGUUCAAGUACACCUGUGAAAAGAGAGCUACAAUGAGAGACCUUGAGGAAGAUGCGGAAAUCAAACAGAUUGUGAAAGGAUACACUGAUAAUAUGCAGCAUAUGCUUGGAGAGGUCCUGUGCCACACAGACGUGACCUUGGAUGGACGCUGUGCCACCGUGAGACGAGCAGAGUGCAACCUGGGUAAUCUGAUCACCAACGCCAUGCUGGAGGCCACUCAUGCGGAAGCGGCGAUUUUAAACUCAGGUACUCUGCGAUCUGACCGCUUGCACCCGGCUGGUCCCCUGACCAUGCAUGACCUGCUGCAGAUCCUGCCACUAAAGGACCCAGUGCUGGUGGUGGAGGCCACUGGGCAGCAGCUCUACGAAGGCCUGGAGAAUGGGGUCAGCAUCUACCCUGAUUUAGAUGGAAGAUUUCCCCAGGUUUCAGGGAUUCAGUUUGGCUUUAAUCCCAAUGGAAAACCUGGACACAGAGUCAUCUCUAAGACAGUGAAGGUUCAAGGCAAGAGUCUAGAUAGAGACAGAAAAUAUGCAGUGGCCAUGAAAGAAUUCUUAACUAAGGGCAAAGAUGGCUACACUAUGUUCAGUAGCUGUCCUCAUAGGCACGACAUAGAGAAUGCUCAGAUCCUGUCGACCAUCCUCAUCAACCACUUUGAGUCUGGCCAGAUCGUCAGAGGCACGAAGAGGUGCAUGUCUGGCCACAGGAUGGGCCUCAUCAAGGUGUCCAGCAGCCCCUCUGUGUCUGCCAUUGAAAGUACCAAGAGUGAGAAUCUGGAGGGAGAGGUGGGAGUGGCUGUGGUACCCGGAGUGGAGGGCAGGAUAUUCCAUGUCUACCCUGAGGGCCAAUCAGAAACAGAAGGCUAACAGUGGUAGGGCUGUUCCUCAUCAGAGAAUUUCACAGAGCAACUCAGCCAUGACUCCAUAGUCACAGUGUAAAGCCAGGGGAAAUUACAUCAAGUUUCACAUCUCUCAUCUGCCUCUUGCUUUUUAUCAGCCUUAUAAACAGGCGGACUGUCAAUGAACGCUCAGACAGCAACAUGAGAUGCGGUAAUCCAUUACUUGUAUUACUGUUGAAGCAAUCCAUUACUUGUAUUACUGUUGAAUCAAAUCAAAUCAAAUCAAAUUUAUUUAUAUAGCCCUUCGUACAUCAGCUGAUAUCUCAAAGUGCUGUACAGAAACCCAGCCUAAAACCCCAAACAGCAAGCAAUGCAGGUGGAGAUGACAACAUUAUAGUAAAAAGGAAAUGAAUUGAAGAAAACUCACCACUGUGUUUUUGUGUUACAACCACCCCUGACUUCCUUUUAAAGGAGAUAGUCUCAGUCAAUGUGCAAGGCUAUUCUUCUUCAUAACAAAUUACAUCUUGACAACAUCACAGUGUUGGGUGAAUGAAUCAGUGAUUCCCUGCUUCUACCGUUGAAAGAACCCGGCUGUAACGGAUGAUAAUGUGGCGUAUUAUAUGUCCUAUACUGUUUGGGGACUUUCUGGUCAUGCUCCAAGGCUUGACCU